AUGAUGUUUCCCGGAGAGACAGAGUGGGGAGAUGGGCUCGGCGGCGUUCUCUUCGGUACGCCGGCACAGAACAAGGGCAAGAGGAAGAAAGGGCGGCUGGAGCUGGAGCCGCCGGACUUCCCGAUUCCCGACCAUGGUGGUGGAACCCAAAGGAAGCGCUACACCUUGCAGUUCAAGGUGAAUGCCGUGAGGAUCCUCAAGAUUCCCGACAAGGCCACGUUGGCGACUUGGGUCAAAGACGUCGACAAGUACGAAGCCGCGCUUGCGGAGGAGACCAAGUACUCGCGAAUGAAGGACAGGAAGAAAGCCAAGCACCGCAUGUCGCUGAACGUCGGACGGACUAGGACGCACACGGACGCCGAACGCGAGGUCGUGGACUGGAUCAAUGAUCUGCGUUCUGACGGCAUCUCCGCCCGUGUCUCGACGAGGAUGAUCAAGAACAAGGCCACGGAACUCAACCCGAACUUCUUCGGGGAGAGGCCGCCGCCGUCCGACAUCGAGGGCAACCUGCGGUACACCCGCAAGAAGACCGCGUGGUGCAGAAGGUUUCUCAGGGUCUACCGCUUUUCUGUGCGAGCCGUCACCCGUCAAGGCCAGAAACUUCCUACCGGCUGGCCCGUGAUCGCCAUGCAGGCGAUCAAGGAGUGGAGGAGGCUGAAGGACGACGUCCCUUCCGCGCUCGAGCUUGCGGACGGAGUCGAAUGCCUGGGGGCAGUGGCGGGAGGCAGCGCGAGCGGCAGCGGGGGUGGGAGUGGCGCUGGAGUUCCGUCGGGGCCGAGUCCCAAUUUCGCCUUGACGCAGAUCGCCAACAUGGAUGAGACGCCUACGUGGAUGGAGAACCCGGGGAACAACACUGUGAACCGCACCAGCGACAAGGAGGUUGGCGUCAAAACCGUCGGCAAGGAGAAGAUGCGCAUCACUUCGGUCCUGACGGUGUCCGCCGACGGCAGCAAGCUGCCGCCCCUCGUCAUCUUCAAGGGCCAGCCCACGCCGAAGGGGAAGGCCCCUGCCGCCAACAGCAUCGAGCGCGAGUUCAAGGACUACAAGGACAAGAAGGGCUACGCAUACCCUCGAGGUGUCGUCUACGCCGUGGACUCGAAGGCAUGGCACUCCCAGCGGGUGUUCAACGAGGUCUGGCUGCCUCAGGUGUGGAACCAGCGCCCGGGGCGGCAGGGUCGCCUGGGCGGCUACCGUCAGCCUGACACGCUGCUGGCGUGGGACGACUACACCGUCCACAAGACGGACGCGUCUACCAAGGCGAUGGCGGAGUCCAGCACGACGCUGUUUCUCGUCCCGAGAGGCCUGACUCCCAAGCUCCAGCCGUGCGAUGGCCUCGUCAACAAGAUCUUCAAGGCAAACAUGUUCAGGCUCUACGAUGACCACAUGGCUUCCCCUCACGUCAAACGCGGCGACCACGGCUACCCGGAGGCCCCUUCGCGGGGGUUAGUCGCACAGUGGGUCAAGAAGUCGUGGGACGCCUUGACCGCGGAUGAAGUCCGCGCGAGCUGGAGGAAGGCUGGCCUGUUGCUUCCCUUCGACGGGUCGAAAGACAAGGCCUGGGCCAACAAGGAGCUCAACUCCAACGCCCAGGGGGAGCCCCUCGACGCGCCAUCGGCCGGUGCGGACAAGGCUGACUUGUCGUCGGGAGGCGGCAACUUGCUGGAGGUGUUGGAGAUCGACGAUGACGACGACACGGGCGUGGUUUUGGUGGACAUCAGCGACGGCGAGGGCGAGGAGCCGUGAGGCAUCGGCGGCGAUGCUGGUGUUGAGAAAUGGAUUGUGGUGUCCUUCUCAUGUUCCCUCGCAUUUCUCCUGGCGUGCGUUUCUCUUCCUUCGUCGUGUGUUUUCUUCGACGCGUCGAGUGCAACGUAGUGUUAUAUGCGGUAGUGGUAAGUGGUCUUGAUUUUUUUUGGUCGUGGUGACGUAGCAAGGUAGGUAGCAGCGGCCUACAAGGUACUUGUUUGUGAGGGGGUAGGACGGAAUGGCCACUCUGUGGCGACCGCCUGGCAAUAUAUCGGGCGAGGUACCUUUGAUUUUUGUGUUUUUAGUUUUUGAUCCUGCAAUCAUGAUAGAAACACGGAUGCUGCUUGGUAGAUGGACCCGUUAUCAUUUUUGGUUCUUGUCCCCGCCGUUCCUGGGUCAUAACGUAUACCUAGCUCCCAGGCGACACCUUACACGCCGCAGCGCCGCGGGGCGCGGGCGCCCUCGAUCCUAGCACUUNGGUUAUUAUUUUUGGUUCUUGUCCCCGCCGUUCCUGGGUCAUAACGUAUACCUAGCUCCCAGGCGACACCUUACUUGCCGCAGCGCCGCGGGGCGCGGGCGCCCUCGAUCCUAGCACUUGUUUUUCGUUUUCCUCUGCUCCAUUCAAGUCCGUUUUUGUUUGAAACUUUCUUUGGCGUUGAGCGGGUAACACAUCGUCGAGGUCAUGUGCUCAAGCAUUUCAUCACCUCCGUUGAGCCCCGUCUCUUUACCACAUCUCGCAGUAUUACAUUACGGUAGGU